ACAGGGUAUGAAGUGUUUCAUCAAAUUAGUUAUAUUCCCAGGAAUAAUAUGUCUGUGUGCAGCAAUGUGGAUUACAGGACUUUACCACAUAGUACCCAUCUUAAGACCAAGCAACGUUAAAUGGAUCGCUACUGUCAACACCGGGGCCAACAGUCCACUGGACAGGUAUCCUUAUUAUUUGAAAAUACGGAAUGUAACAAAUCUACUCCAGACCGCAAACGGAAAAUUUUCCGUUCUGAGCAUCAACAGCAACCGAACUAUUUUCCAUUUAGGAGAGAUGAUAUCCGUAAGAAUCGACUUGUAUAAUGGGUAUGGACAACACCUGUCCUCUGGCGGGGACCUCCUUCGAAUAUGGAUGACGGACACAUCCAGUAAUGCUAAUGUAAAUGGCUACGUCACUGACCUCGGGAAUGGCUCUUACAUAGGUCACGUGUUGGCUGUGUGGAAGGGAAAAGCACUGAUUAAAGUAUCAAUUGCAAAUACAAAGGAACAGGUCGGGUUAGUAGCACAAUAUUUAGAGAAACACGGAUUGCUGAGAAACAUAAAAGCUACCUUUAGGUCAGAUGAUAUGAAGGUAUGGGAGACGACACGGUGUUCUGUUAAACCCGAUGUUCACACAGUGGUGUGUAAUUUUACGAAGGAAAAUCAUGGUCUACAUUGGUACUGCACUCGCCCACGAAAUACGCUACUUACGUGCCAAGAUUGGAGGUCAACGACUGGCACCGAUAUCAACAGUCUCAGUCCUAUUGCCGUCAGAUUAUCAAGAUUCCACAAGAAUAUGCUGUUAAAUAACCAGCCAGUAAUCACUGUGACAGGAGAAGACCAGUGCCUCCAGUCCGAUAUGACUCCAUGCCACAAGCGACCAAAGAGAGACACGUGGCGGGAAACAUCACCUUCUGGUUUCUAUUACCAAGGACGAUGGCGCACACUGCAAUGCUCAAACAAACUUGAUCAUCCCGUAUCUAGGUCAUACGUUAACUGCCUUAGAGGGUGUCAUGUGUUACUGAUCGGGGAUUCCAAUCUCCGUUCAUGGUUUAUACACAUUAACCAUAUGCUUAAUAUGACCAUAACGACAGAAAAAAUAAACAUCAAAUGGUAUACGACAUUAGAAGCUGAAAAUGUUAAGCUUAACGCGUCCCUUGCUUUGGCCGUGCACGCAAAUCCCUUUUAUGGCGGUUACAACGCUCUACCGAAAACUUCGGUACAGUCAGUAGCUUGGCAAUUGGACCAGGUGAACACGACAAGACACAUUGUUGUUGUGAUUCACAUGUAUCUGCAUUUGGCUAGGACAAUUCCAGAUGAGUAUCGUGCACAUGUGAAAGAAGCUAAACGAGGCAUUGACAGACUUUUCAAGCGUGCGCCAAACGCUGCCGUUUUUAUCAAAGGACCUCAUGGAGUAACGACAUCGAGCUUCCAAGCACCUGUGGAUUUUAUCAGAAAGAUUCAGGAGCAAAUACUAUUUGAGGAAUUUAAAAACAUAAUUGAUAAAGUAGUGUUUCUGAAUCAAUGGGACAUGACGGCUGGAAGUGCCAGUAUCCCUAUCCAUACCAAUAAGGAUCAUUUAAACAACAUGGUCGAUCUUUUCCUAUCAUAUUUUUGCCAUUAGGUAUCACUAAUUCUUUAUCCAAAUACCCUGAACAGUGUUUUGGAGAAAGUCACUGCUAGUCGACAGCAUGUACCUUGUUUAUGAAUAGCAAACUGAAGCAAUGAUAUUGAAGGUCGCAGGGCAUCAUGAUAUUAAUGAAUGGAAGACAAAAUGUUCCUGCCAUUCGAAUCCACCUUCAGACAGCUGUGUAGGCCGGAGAAUAGCUAGUUUAUGUUACAGAUUUAACCAAUUGUUUGUAUAAAAUUGCAGACCUGUCCCGUGACAAAUCCCUAAUAAAAAUUAAUAGACACAGAUUUAUUUUUGGAAAAUAUUAAAAAUGUUCACAUUUUAUUUGCAAAUGUAAACCGAGAAAUAUACAUUGAUACAGGUAACAUAAAAACAGUGUUUACAGGAAUAGGAACAGAAUUGUACCGGUUGAAAGUUGGAUUUUCUAUGUUAAAUCAAUUGAACUAGUAGACAUGCUUUUGUAUAGUAUUUCUGCUGUUGUUUUAUCGGAAUAUUCACUUUAGCAAAAAAUGCAAUAAAUGUUCAAGAUAGAAAAGCAUUUGGCCUGCGUAUUUGUCCAUUGUCUGUCUAGCCUGUUUUAAAAUGAGGUGAUAAUUAAACAGUCACUACAGACUCUGGAAGAUCAUUCCAAAUAUGCACUGAGUGUGAACAAAUAUUUCUUCUGUCUCAAGAACUUGAUUGUGGAUACA